AUGAUAAUUGCUAAACGUCCAGAUGGUAAACCAGUUCAAAUAGAAAAUGUUUGGGUUGAUUUAACAAUGUUAUUUGAAAAUGAACAACAAACGUCUAUUGAAGUUAAAGAUUUAUAUACGCGUGGAAAUCGCACAAAACUGUGUUGGGGUUUUACUCACAUUAAUGGUUUAUUCAAGAAUAAUUUAAUAAUGAAUGUAACAACACAACAAAUAAUGGAUUAUGAAGUAUCAUCAAAAGCUAAAGAUUAUAACCGUAUUUAUCUGGUACUUGAUAGUUUAUCGGAUUCAACAGUUGGUGUUAAUGUUUUUGAAUUUUAUGCCAUCAAUCAAGGUUUACAAGCCGAUGUCACUAUUGAACGAUUAUUAAAAUAUUACACGGCUUAUGAAUAUACUCCAAUUAAAGGUAUGCCAACAUUGACAUCAAAUGAAGAAAGAAAAGUUAGUGUUCAAUCAAGAGGUUUUAAUGAUGAUCAAGGUCAACAACGAACGAAACAGGUUAUUGAACAAGUGAUGACGAUGAUGAGCAAAAACAAGGUAGUGAAUAUCGUCUAG